CCCGGGCCACCCGCGGGGUCCGGCGGGGGGCGGGGGGGUCCCGGGGCCUGGCUCGGGCUCGGGCGGCCCGGCGUGCGCGGGGGUGAGUGUGCAAGGCGGCCUCGUCAGCGAGCGCGUGCCAGUUGCUAGCAGCGCCGCGCCGGGAGCGGGGCCUUCAUGUGUGUGACACGCCGGCGCAGCCACGUCGACACACCUCGCAGCACCAGGUGCAGGACGGCUGUACCCCUCCGCGUGGCCAUGGCACAAUCCGAUGUGUGCAUCGGGGACCAGCUCAUCCUGGAAGAAGAGUAUGAUGAAACCUACCUACCCAGUGAGAAAGAAAUCUGUGACUAUGCACGGGGGAUUGGGAUCGAUCCUGAGAAGGAGCCGGAGUUGAUGUGGCUGGCCAAGGAAGGUAUCGUGGCCCCUCUGCCUCCCCAGUGGAAGCCCUGUCAAGACAUUACUGGUGAGAUCUAUUACUUCAACUUCGCCAAUGGCCAGUCGACUUGGGACCACCCAUGCGAUGAGCACUACCGGGAGCUCGUGGUCCAGGAGCGGGAGAAGCUCUCAGCCCACGGUGACACCAAGAAAAAGGACAAGAAGAAGAAAAAAGAAAAGAAGGAAAAGAAAGACAAGAAAGAGAGAGAGCUGCUGAAGCCGGCUGCUGAAAUGCAGCCAGAGCCAGGGAUUCUUCCUUCAACAUCCUUUUAUCAGAUAUCCUCUCCCAUCCUGCCCUCCUGGUGCUUGAGUCCUGAUCUAGAACAGAAUAGCCAGAUUAAGAACGAGGGCUUCCUUAAGAAAGGUGAAAGGAUGACCCUGAGCCAAUCAUCAGAGGCGAGUGACUCAGACGCACUGUUUUCAGGCACUCAACCAAAUAAUCUGCAGCCGUUUCUUUCAUCCAAGCCUAGCAGAACUUGCCAAAUGUUAGCUGAUCUGGAGAUUUUAGGAAGAGGUCCAUCUUUUAGCAAAUCAGAUGCAGGCACCCAGCAGGGCCCAGACAAAUCAGCGGAACAUUGUCUUUAUUUUUCUGACUCUGAACCUGAAUAUCUAGAUGUGGUUCGGACAACGGAGGUAGAUUCCUAUGUGUCAAAGGAAUCCUCUUCACCAGACCUUGAAAAUGGGAAAACCAUACUUGGUUCCCAAGAGGUCUUUGAGGCCCAAAGCCUGUUAUUUGUGGAAGAACAGAUGUCUGAAAACCAGAAGAAAAAAGAAAUGACAGAAGAAUGUGUCUGCCAGCCUGCAAAUGAUUUGCCAGUCAGAGAAAGAGCUAGGGGCCCGGCUGGUGACGAGGAGCGAGGUCCAGGUUUGUUGCAAGCCACAGUCAGGGAAGCUGUUUUGGCUGCUUGUGCCUCUAACCCUGUUUUUCAUGGUAAGACAUGUGAAGCGAUUCCCCUACAUGCCAGCCCCAUGGAAGACCUGCACUUGCUGGAAGAGGUUGCUCAGAGUCUCCCAGAAGAGCUGAGUUCACACAGCGACAUGGUGGAGAGCAGGAGGGAAAAAAACCUUCUUGAGCCAGUAUUGAGUCCAACCACCACACUGGGCAAGUGCUUUGUGACCAGCAGCAGGCAGGGCAGAGAGGGGCCAGAAUGGGCAAGGGUGGCUGAACCCGAUACAUGCCUGCGAGCAUCCAAGGACGAUGGUCUCUUGGCCAUCCCUUGCGUGACGUUAGAGACAAUGCUGCGUGCUUCAGAGGCCGGGGGAGGAAGCGGAGUGGAUGCUUCUGCUUUGAUGGGAACCUGCUUCCUUGAAUCGGUUUUCCCUUGUGCUGCACCAGAAGAAGAGAAGGCAGCAAGUGGUGUGGGGUCUGAAUGCGGCAGCAGCCAUUCGAGCAAUGUAGCUGAUAAUGUUGCACCACUGAUUUGGAGAGAGGGCAGUAACUUCUCUUGGGAUCUCCAGAGUUCCUGUGAGUCUGAUGAUCACCUGGAUUUGCUUGCUUCUGCUAAGGGGCCCCUGCUAAUUCCCCCCCUCGUCAUGCCUCAGGAGUGUGCCCAUGACAGUUUGAGGAUGGAACUUGGUGGGUUGUCUGGUGCACAAGAGAGGGAUGAGGAGGAAGGACAAGAAGAAGCAGAGGAAAGAGAGGGCAGGCCAGAGCAAGCCCCUGAUGUGCUGAAGGGAGAGGCGUUGGCCGGGGGGUUGCGAGUUCCUCCGGCUUGGCUUUGUCAGACAGCUGAAUGCCAGGAAAGCAGCAGGCUCUACUGGCAAGUGGAAGUGGAGAUGACCCAGAGCAGAACAGCAGAGAUUUGGGACGGAGCAGGCAAUGAUGAGUCUCCAGGUUCCCUGCUUGCUCCUGCCCAGGCUCCCCUGGGGAAUCUUGCUCCGCUACGUGGUCUGGUGGAUGUUCCUGCCGGUGCGCUCCGUGGCCCGCUCAGUGCUGCUGUGGGAAACUUUGUGGAACCCAGUCCAGGGAUCAGAGGUGGAAUUGGGCCUGCACAGACCCUUAAAGCCACUGGCCAAGCCAAGAGCCUGCUGGGGUUCAUCCACCAGAAGAAGGACUUCUUAAAUCUCAUGACACUAGAUGAAGGAGAAAAUGAAGACGAAGAGAGUGAGAAUCAGAGUCUGCGAGGAACAGCAGGAUUGCUCCAAAAUGUGCACAUGGACAUCAGUGCCCUGGGAAGCAGUUUCGAUUACGAGAAGGAGUCUUUACAAGCAAGACAUGCUGAAGGAGAGGAGUCCUCUGCUGGUGCGUGCCCUCCGACUCCAGAUAAACUACUCUACAGAGAUGCUGACAGCAGCCUGUCUGGCCUAAACAAAGAGGAGUGUGAUGGGAAACCCCCUGGGACUGAGCUAAUGGAAAAGGAGGAUGCUAAGGUAGAAGGUGAAAUCUCAGCAGCUCAGGAGCAGCCAGGCACUCUGGGGGAGAAGACGACAGCGGGGACGGACGCGCCCAGCAGUCGUGGGCCGUCCAGCGCUGCAUCUCCAGAUGCGGGAGCUGCUGAGGCAGAUCAGCCAGCAAGCCUGGCGGUCACUGUUGACACUGUGUCCAUCGAUGGGAAGGUUGCAAGUGAAACGAGGGAAGAAGCAGCUGAUUUGCAAACAGACAGCAAGCUGGAGGCUGGAGAAGACUCUGAGGCCAGCGAGCGUGGGAAGGAUGCGCCCCUUGCUAACCAUGUGGAUCGCCAGCUGCUGCAGGUUAUGGACUUUGGCUUCCAAAGUCGGCUCUCCGAGCAGGUGCUGGAUGUGGACGCUCUGUCUCCUGUCCAGGAUGGCUCUGAGCUGGAGGCCCGGGAACUGGGAAAAGAGGAGAAGGACCAGAGCCAAGCCAGCAUAGAGGAAGAGCAAAGCAAAAGGGCCCAGAGCGCUGUGAGAUGUGGGAGUAGCGAUGUGGACGUGCCUGCCAACAUUUCCAGCUGUGACUCGGAUGCAGUGCAACUGGAGGAGGGGACCCAGCAAGCAGAGUCCUCACACCAGCCUGCAGAGAAGCCCCUGGAGGGACCUGCCAAGGAGCUGGAGGAGGAGGACACUCAUCUUCUGCAAGCAAAGAGGGAGGAAGUUCAGCGGCUGCGGGAGGAGCUGAGGCAAAAGGAGGAGGAGGAAGCUCAGGAGCUUCGUCGGCAGAAAGAGAAAUCCCUCAGGUCUCUAAAAGAAGAGCUAGCAAAGGCCACUGAGGAGGAGGAGCUUUGGCUGCGAGAGGAAGAGAGCAAGAAGCUCUCUAAGCUGCGAACCCAGAUCAGCGCAGAGACAGAGGCAGAGAAGGAGAAAAUCAGGGCAGAGCAAGAAGCGGCAUUACAGAAGCUGAGGGAGGAGUAUGAAUCCCUGCAGAAGUCAGAGAGAGAGAGAGCAGAGGAGACGAAGAAAUGUGCUUUGGAGAAGAUAAAGCUGGAAGUGGAGGAGGCUCAGCAGAGAGAGAGGAUGGGGCUGGAGCAAGAAAAGGAGCGAGUCCUGAAUGAGAUAAAGGAGAGAUUAGAAAGAGAAAGAAAAGAGGCUGCCGAGGUGUUAGAGAAGCAGUUUGCAGCUGAGCUCCAGCAGCUGAAAGCCGCAGCAGAGGAGGAGCACCGAAAGGUCGUUGCCAGCCUGCAGAAGCAAGUAGAAGAGACUCAGAGGAGUGACGAGACCCAGCUACGGGAGGCGCUGGAGAGAGCAGAGCAAAAAGUCCAGCAAAAAGCUUAUCACCUAACCGAGUAUGAGAGAGAGCUCAGUGAGCUCAUGAAAGAGAAGCGCCAGGAAGUGGAGCGAGAUCACGAGAGGAAGCUGGAAAGGAUGAAAGCGGAGCACCGGGAGGUCCUGGCAAAGAUCCAGGAGCAGUACGAGGAGGAGGAGAGAAAGCAGAGAGCAGAGAGGCUUGGGGCGCUGACGAGCGAAAUGGAGCGUCUCCGGCAGCUCCACGACGGGGAGCUGCGGGCUCUGCGGAAGGAACUGGAUGAGCAGCUCAGUGACCUGCGGCGCAGCCACCAGGAGCAGGAGAGAAAACUCCAGGACUUGGAAAUGGAGCUCGACCUGCGAGCACGAGAGGCCAAGGCCAGGUCAGCUCAGCUCCACAGCCAGGAGGAUACCAUAAGGAAGAAAAGGCAGCAGCUACUGGAUGAGGAGAAACUGCUGGAGCAGGAGAGAACUGAGGUGGUCUUGGCUGCUCAGCUCCGCUUGGAGGAGUCUCGGAAGGAGCACACAGACCUCAUGGAAGCCAUCCGAAAGCUGCGCCGGACUCUGCAGGAGCUCCAAGAUCAAAAAGCUGAACUAGAGUCUCAGGUGGACUUGUUGCAGUCCCGAAGCCAGAGGCUGCAGAAGCGAAUCAGUGAGCUAGAGGCAGCCAUCAGGAGCAAGCAGGACUUGCUGAAGGAGCUAGAAGCAGAAGACAGCACAGCAUCUCCGCGAAGAGAAGCCGAGCUCCACAUUGAGGACCUGAAAGAGACGAUUCGCGCUCACUCCUCAAGACAGACGGCUCCCCUACCCUUGCAGAGUCACGAAGAUGGCGACCUCUGGCUUGAUGACGUACGGCACUACAUCUCCGCACAAGGCAUCUCCAUCAGGAACGCCAAGGAGUUCCUGGAGCGCCAGACUCGCUCCAUGAGCAAGAGGCGCACGGCGCUGAAGGCCGCGAGGCAGCAGUGGCGUCACGACAUGCAGCAAGCGCAGGAGGCAGUGCAGGAUCCUGACAGCUCGCAGCUGCUGGAGGACGUGCGCCAGAACCUGGAGGAGGAAGCAAAGCAGUUGGACAAGAUGAAGUCAGCCAUGAGGACAGGACAGGUGCUGUUGAAGAAGAAGGAGGAGAAACUGACCCAGCUGGAGUCUUCGCUUGUGGAAGAGGUGUCUGACGAAGACACCCUGAAGGGAGCUGCAUGCAAGAAGGUGGUGACCUUUGACCUCAGCGAUUCAGAGGACACAAACAGCGUGGCCAGCUCUGACGUACCUCGGCAUACACGUGACUUGAACCCACCUCUCCAGCUCCCCCAGCCCGACAGGAUCCAGCACCUCACAGACUCCCUGCGGCGCAUCAGCAGCGAGCUGAGCGGAGUCCUCAGCAUCCUGGGCUCCCUGAGUCAUCAGCAGUCUCCUCUCUUUGCCUCCACAACGGUGCCACUGUCCCCACUGCCCAGGGAUGGCAUCCCGCUUUCCACGUACACGUCGCUGGCAAGAGUCCAAGCUGCUGGCCCCCUCGUGCCUCCUGCCAGUCUUCCUCUGGCAAACCAGUGGCCAUGGAGCACUGGUCUCCACUCCGGCCUGUCUUCCACAGCCAGCCAGUCGGUGGACAGCAUGCUGGCAGAGAAGUGGCGCAAGUAUUUCCCAGGCGGGUUCCCGCUGUUCAAUGGAAGCUCUGCCCCUCCGGACAGCAAACUAGGUUACCUGCCUGCUGGCGAGCAAGUCCGCUUGUACCAGCGCUCCCAGGUGUGGAGCCCUGAGGCAGACAAGACGAGCAUCCAGGGAAUGAUUGAUGCCAACAAGAGAUGGCUGGAAAAUUUCAAGAAGGAUUCAAAAGUGCCUCUCUUCCCAAGCACACAGAAGCUGUCUGUGAGCAGCCCAGACCUGGUGCAGCUUGGGCUGGACGAACACAACCAGAUUAAAGUGUAUCACUACUAAGAGGCCGUGGACCCUCCGGAGAGACGUGGCAGUCCCAGCCCUGCGCCCCACAAGUGCCUGGUGAGGUGGCGACGUGGCUGCAGUGCCCUGCAAUGCACGGUACGGCAGAAAUCCACAGGGCUCUUUCGCUUUGCCCUUGAAAUAAAGUCUCUCCUUCCAGGAGAGUGGAGGAGGGAGGAAGCAAACUUCCCCAGUGGAUUCUUUUAAUCCUGUAAUGUGUCCAAAUAUACUUUAUAGACUGUUUAAUCCAGUGGUGAAAUAUCAGGGCUUCAAUAAAUCAACAGUUCCCUCAUUAGUAUUCCAGCGAUCACAUGAUGAAGCUGUGAAUCACCGAGGACUUUGAAUAACGUGUUGAGGGGAGGAGGUGAAUUCCAACAGAAAACUGUCGCCAGAGGAAAUAUGCAGGAAAUGAAUGCCCUGUUGAUGCACAACAAACAUUGGUGUCAGGUGAACUCAGUCACCAGCCCUCUGUGAGACAUCCUUGAGCUCGGGAGCAUGAAAAGCAAAAUGUCUGCAAUUAUGUUUUUUACACUGAAGCACAGAAUCGAGAGCAAUGGAGGUGAGAGCCUCUGGGCCCCGCGCCGGGCCGAGCCGAUGCCACGUUUGUCUCCUGGACCCGUCCUCUUGCCACCUCCGCCUAGGGACACCAGGGUUUCCUUUCAUGCUGAAUGUUGAGUGUAUUUCUAGUAGAAAAUGUUUACGAGGUUUUGCAGUGCCUCAGUCAUGAGGCUCAGCCAUCGCUCAGGGGGCAGCAGAGGCAAAGCCUCUGGGACUCUUUCUCUUUGUCAGGCAGAAGCCAGGUGGUGCUUAGCAGGGCCGCCUUACCUGGCAUAUGCUGGGGAGGGGACCACCCCUGCCAGAACUGCCUGGGUCUGACCAGGACUGUUCUCAGAGCCUGUUUUGGGAGCCCACGUGCAUCCCCUCACUCACCUGAGCAGGCCUGCCUGACACAGAGCCUGUGGCCAUUUGCACUAGUGCAUCUGUCAGUGCUGGCAUCAGCAGAGCUGGUUUGGGAUGAGGUGAGUGGCCAUGACUCUGUAUACCUUCCCUGCAGUGCCCAGAACACCCACGCUGAGGAGUCCUACAGCUGGGGUCCAGGCUGGGGCCUGGCACCGUGGGUCCAUCCCCGGGCAGCGAGGCUGAGGCCAGAGCUGAGGUUGAUGGUGCACGAGGCAAAGUAAUGCCCGGCUCUGAGCCAAAGCCUGCUGUGAGGUGACUCCACUGGGCUUUGGACCCGUCCCGAAGGCACUUGGAGUUGUUUGGUGAUUAAAACCCCCCUGCCUUCCAGACAUCUCGGCAGCAGAAGGAUGCAGGGAGGCAGCAUGGGCUGGUGUUUGAUUGGUGUCUUAUCCACGCAUCCUCUGCACCAGCGUUUGCAAAACAUUGAUACCCACAAGUGCUGCUCAUGCCGUCAUUUUGGCACGAAGGGUCUGCAUUAAGGGGAUACCCACUGGUGAGAGAGAGUCUUUGCAAACCACUCGCAUGCAAGGAGAUGGCUCCAGGAAGGGCUGUUGACAUGGCUCCUCUUGGAUUGAGACAUGAGGAGAGGAAAGCGGAGCGGGGAGGGGGACCCUGGUCUGUACGCACUGGCACAUGCUGCGGGGAAUGUCUAGGUGCAAAUAGAAAGCUGCGUCUCUGCUCAGGAUGCUGUUCUUGCAGCAGCUCUGUUUUGUAGCCAUUUUCCACAUAUAUCGCUGCUGUGAGCUGUUCAGACGACCUGCUUCCCUUUACGCAGGGAUUUGGGCGCACAUGGGUGAAGAGAUGGGUCUGAACGUAGGGUCCUUCCCUGGCUAAGAAGGCAGAGGGCUUGGCGAUGUCUCUGGGAGAUGCCGGUAUACGACAUACCAUGCUGAGGUCAUUGCUUAAGGAAAGAUGCUCCACCUCUACUGAUUAGUGCUGGUGGACAGAGAUGUUGAAUGCCCGCUGAGCCUGGUACCUUCCCUGCAGACUUCGUCUCCGGACAAGGGUGUGGACCCUAGCGUGGACCCCCCGAAUGUGCUACCAGAUUACACAGAGCCCAAGGCAGGGGGGUGCACUUUGUCCUCCUGCCACUAGAGAAAACCCAGGGAAGCCCCUGACAGCCCCUCUCUCAUCCCGCCUGCCAAAGCCCUGAAGGGCUGGCAGCUGCAUGAGCCUCUGCCCGGCACGUGGCUGGAGACUCCAGGCUGUGCGCUGCGGCAAACCAGACACCUCAGUAGGGAUAAAAGCCUAUUUUAUUAAUGAGAAUGCUGUGCUUCUGAAUCAGGUUUAUUUUUCCCUUUGAAUUUUGUGAUAUCAGCUGUAUCUUUUAUAUAUAAAAUAAAUCUGCAUAGGCCUAUUUUGGAGGA